AUGAGGCAAGGGGGCACAGGUCUGUGGCCUAAUGGCUCGAGUCACGAACCAUCCAGGGACUGUGGCUGCCCUCUCACUUUAAGUCAUUUCUCUUGCAGGGAAAAAAGAGCAGAGGCCAAAUUUUCUUUUCAAGAGCAGCAGCACUCUGAAUCCCUGGAUGAUACUCUACCUUUGGAGGGGACCUUGAAUUUAGAGGACAUUCUCUACCUGGGGGACACAGGUGACUUUGAUGACAUACUGUAUGUGGAAGAGAUUGAGAAGUCUGGGGAGACACUGUCUAUUGAAGAUAACAGGCAGCCAAAUGAGGCCCUUUGUGUGGAGCCUGUGAAGCCGGAGGAGACAGUGUGUGUGGAGGAGCCUGUGAGGCCGGAGGAGACACUGUGUGUGGAGGAGCCUGUGAAGCCAGAAAAGACAAGCCCAGAACAGAUGGCUUAUGGGGGAGAGACGGUCACAAAUGAGGAAAAACCUAACCCCGAGGAGAGCCCCAGAGCCGGGCCUAGUCCCAGCACAGAGGAGAGCUUGAGCAUAGAGGACCUCGAAUUGCUUGAGGGGCGUUUCCAGGAAUGUGUCCAAGCUGUGGCCCAGCUGGAAGAGGAGAGGGAUCAGCUCAUCCAUGAGCUUGUGUUGCUCCGGGAACCAGCUCUCCAGGAGGUGCAGCAAGUCCAUCAGGACAUCCUGGCUGCCUACAAACUGCAAGCUCAAGCAGAGCUGGAGAGGGAUGGGCUAAGGGAGGAGAUCCAGCUGGUCAAGCAGAAGCUGUUCAAGGUGACGAAGGAAUGCGUGGCCUACCAAUACCAGCUGGAGUGCCGCCAGCAGGAUGUGGCCCAGUUUGCCGAUUUCCGGGAAGUGCUGACUGCACGGGCAGCCCAGCUCUCGGAGGAACUGGCCCAGCUCCGGGAUGCCUAUCAGAAGCAGAAGGAGCAGUUACGGCAACAACUAGAAGCGCCUCCAAGCCAGGGGGACGGGCACUUCCUGCAGGAGAGCCGACGGCUCUCUGCCGAGUUUGAGAACCUCAUGGCAGAGAGCCGCCAGGGCCUGGAGGAGGAGUAUGAGCCUCAGCUGCUACGGCUCCUCGAGAGAAAAGAAGCUGCUGCCAAAGCCCUGCAGAAAACCCAGGCAGAGAUCCAGGAGAUGAAGGAGGCUCUGAGACCCCUGCAAGCAGAGGCCCAGCAGCUCCACCUGCUGAACAGGAACCUGGAGGAUCAGAUCAUACUUGUGAGGCAAAAACGCGACGAGGAGGUGCAACAGUACAGGGAAGAGCUGGAGAAAAUGGAAGAACGACAAAGAGAGUUAAGAAGUGGGGUUCAACUCCAGCAACAGAAGAACAAGGAGAUGGAGCAACUAAGGAUCAGCCUUGCUGAAGAGCUCUCAACUUACAAGGCUAUGCUACCCAAGGGCCCGGAACAAGCUAAUGCCCCUACUUCUCAGGCAGGUGGAACCGAGACACAGUCUCAAGGUGAUCCUUGUGGGUACAAGAGUGGUGUUUGCAUUGUUGCCUUCUUAACAAUACUAAUGCCUUAAAACAACUUAAGUGUGUGUCUAAUGACAAAUCAUUUAGGGAUAACAUAUAUCUCCAAAUUGCCUGGUUCAAACCUUCAGGAUUCAUUUGGAAUGUUUGUUUCUGGUAUGACUCAAAAUAUGCUCUAAUUAUCACCAGGAAUUCUGUAACAGGAUAAAACAUCUAAUCUCUGUGCAUUCUUACUUUCCUCCCACUUUACCCCAUCUGCUAUUCAUAAAUAGUUUCCUUAG